UUUACUAAACAUCUGAUAAGGUUAUUUCACAGGUUGCCAAAUUAUUACAAGUGCAAGUAAUUAUAUAAAAGUAACCGCAAUUGCAUUUAUUAUGAAGUGCGUGAAAUGGCUUCGGGAUUGUGGAUCGUCGGUUUGUUAUUACUCGGGCAGUUAAAUGUGUACAUAGUCCAGGCACAAUACGCGGGCUGCGGCCCUCCCAUGUACCCCGGCUAUGGGGCGCCACAACCAUACCCCAUUAUCAUCAGAGACGAUGACGAUGACGACUGGCAUCACAUUUUGCCUCUACUAAUCCUUCUGCUCUGUGACGGCUGGGGCGGAUGGGGCGGUUACGGUGGCGGAUUUGGUGGCGGAUGGGGCGGGUGCGGAGGCGGAUGUGGUGGCUGCGGUGGCGGUUGCGGUGGAUGCGGCGGCGGGGGCGGAUCCUGCCAAACCAUACCAAUCCCAUAUCCAAUACCUAUACCAAUAAAUAAUCCUAUAAUAUCAUAAGUAUAUGAGAUUGAUAAAGGCUAGCCUACUGUGGGUGUCAUAAGUAGUCAAAAGAUUUUUACUAAGGUUAUAAAUAUAUUUUUAUUUAAACAAUGGCUAAAAUAUAUCGACAUUUUAAUAUAAAUUGUUUUGUUUUAAUUUUAUACUCUCACGUGUCGUAUCUAUUCGAUUAGUAAAGUGAACGGAAAUUAAGCACGUAUUAUUUGCUAAUACAAAGUAUUCAUAGAAACAACAUUUUUUAUGUAAUAGAAAUUUCAUUGGAUAAUUUUUUAAUACACAGCAGCGUAUCUUACAUAAAACCGUAUUUUUACUAUGUAUUAAAUAACAACAUUGAAAUAUA